GGAAGAAGUAAUAUAUAAAUAUUUAAAUACUUGCCUCGGGAAUAAAUUAGUGUUGUGCCAGGGGUGGGAACGUCAUUUGGUUAGACUGUAUGGGAGCUCUAAUUGCUAGUAACUAGAGGCAUAAUUAAGCUUAGAUUUUCCAACAAAUUACAGCAAAUCCUCACUAACUAAUAUAUCUUCUCCCCUCACCCACCGGUUCCCCUCCUUCCCUCUCUCUCUAUCUUCCAUUUUCCCCAGUAUUACGCCACCCUACUACGGCGUCGUUCAGCCCAUAGCGUUCUCGGAAAACAUGUCUCCGGGAAACGCAAUCAGCAGCAAGAUCAGCCGCAUUGUGAGGAUUCGGCAGAUGCUUUGUCGCUGGCGCAAAAAAGCAGCUCUUUCGUCGUCGUUACCGCCGGAUGUCCCUUCCGGCCACGUGGCUAUCAACGUCGGGAUUGGCACCAGUUCCCGGAGACGGUUUGUCGUUCCGGCUAGGUACCUGAACCACCCAGUGUUUAAGAGGCUCUUGGUGGAAGCGGAGGAGGAAUACGGGUUCGCGCAUCAAGGUCCGCUCAUGAUUCCGUGUGACGUGUCGGUGUUUGAGGAGGCUCUCCGAUUUGUUUCGCUGGCCGAUUCGAAGAGCCACGGCGAAUCCUCCUCGUCGGCGGCGGUGCUCCAGCAUGUGAGUUUCGAUGAGUUCCAGAGCUGCAGCCUCGAACGACGUCGCAGAAUUAAUCAUCAUCUGGAUUACCAAUUCACCGAAUCUCGGCCGUUAAUUGGCGGAGCCGGGUCUCAAUGAGUCGACCCGCUCGAGUUGUCCGUCGUUUCAUUCAAUUCCGCUCCCCCCGCCGCGCUAACCCCUCCUUUUUUUUCAUUUUAAAUAUUUUUUGGGUUAGACCCCCAAAAAAAAAAAAAAUUUCUUUCUUUGACUUUUCUGGGCUGUCUAGAUUUUUCUAGCAUUAGAAGAAGUAGUAGUAGUUCUGUUUUUUUUUUUCCCUUUUUUUUUUCUUUUAUAGAAAAGAAGAAGGGAAAAUUAUGGAGAUGGCAAAAAUUGAGGUGUUUAUUAGUAAAAACUCAACUGACUGAGUCAUCCCGAGUUGAAUUAGCUAUAUGCUGCAAAAAAUCAUCUCUUGUAAUAUUUUUUUUCAAGUUCAGGAGAAGAAGCAUCAUGAUUUGAUUGUAAUUUGCGAUAAUGGAAGGUGGAAUAAUUAUUGAUACAUAUUUUGAUUUUAGUUGUUCUUGAG